AUGACGACCUUUGUACCCCGGCAACCCUACACGCAGGAAGAGCUGGAUAAGCUUUAUCCGAAAGAGCUUGAGUUACAACUCGUGCAGAUCGCGAGAGAAGUCCAGUAUCUCCACGAUUCCAAAAUACUGGCCUUGGGCCAUACCAACCAAGACUCCUCGCAAUGGAAUCAGCUCCAAUGGCGGCGUCGUCUUGAGACCUUCGACAAUAAUGACGGACCGGGUAAUAUCUUCUUGCUUACCAUGCCCAAUCCCUUCGAUCUUCCUGACCUUCUAGCAGUCAUCGCCGCCGGUCCCAAAGGCGAGUAUGACGGUAUAUGCCAACCAGGCGAACUCACCGACCAAGGGCGCUCCACAACAUUUGCCCUCGGCCAGCGUCUACGCCACCUCUACGUCGAUCAACUUCAAUUCAUGCCCUCCCUCAUCGCAGAUGCCGAUAUGAUCUAUCUACGCGCAACCCCCAUCCCCCGCGCCCUGGAAUCCCUUCAACAGACCUUUACCGGGUUCUACCCCCCAAGCACCCGCACCGCUGACUUCCCACCCCCCACAAUCAUCACCCGCACACCUGCCGACGAAACCCUGUUCCCCAACGAUGCAAGCUGCCGCCGCUUCGCCCAACUCUCCCGUGCCUUUGCCGCGCGCACAGCGCAAAAUUGGAAUGACACGGACCAAAUGUCGUAUUUAACCUCCAAAAUCUCGAAAUACAUGCCCAACCAAGCCAAAGUAGCCGUUGAUUCGCGGCCCCGUCUCUCAGGUAUCAUGGACACGAUCAACGCCACAGAUGCACACGGCCCCGACACAAAACUCCCUAAGGAGUUCUACGAUCCCAAGCUACGAGCCACAAUUGACAAGAUUGCCGUCGAAGAGUGGUUCAAGGGGUACACGGAGAGCGUCGAGUACCGAACCCUUGGUAUCGGCGGCUUGAUGGCCGACAUCACCAGUCGCAUGGCUGCAUCCACACGCCACACCUCUUCCGACGGACUCGUCGAGAUCGGAACCGCCGUAGGCAGAGGCAGAGGCGGCGAAACCGGCAUUAAAUUCGCAAUGUCGGGAUGUCAUGAUACCACGCUCGCCGGCGUCCUAUCCUCGCUCGGAGCCUUUGACGGCGAAAAAUGGCCCCCAUUCACAAGUCACAUAGCAUUCGAACUCUUCAAAGUCCGGAUUAGCACGCCUACUACCUCAAUAACAUCCCCAUUACAGCAAGCCUCCUUAACAUCUACGUCCCGCAGUAGCUGGUGGUCCACUCUCUUCGGCACAGCCACCCAGCCCCCAGCCCACCACACCACACCGCGCACACCCGUCUCCGAACUCUCCUCAUCCCAGCGCGAGCAGCUAAAGCAGUAUUACGUACGUAUACGCUACAAUGACAGGAUCAUGCAGGUCCCCGGUUGCAAGACUCAGGGUAAUCAUUUACACGGCGACACAACAUUUUGUACCUUGGAAGCGUUUAAAUCCAUAGUCGAUGCGUAUACGCCUCAGAAUUGGAAGGCGCAGUGUGGUGCUAAUCUUGAUGCGGCUGCAUUUCCGGAGAAGGCUGAGCCGGCGGGGUAUUGA